UAAGUUCAUAUGUUAAAUAAAUAAUUCUAAAAAUAUUUCUAUUUUAUUAAGAAUGAUUACGAGGUGUUUAGAUUAACAGUUCAUGCUUUAUGUAAGUUUUUGUUAGGAAAUGUUGUCGGUAAAUUCUACUUCCGGUUCCGGCCGUGCACUUCCGGUCUGGCAGCGGACUAACGGUUUUACGUUUUUUAUUGCCGUUAAACAAGAGAACAUACCUGAAGUAAUCUGAUCGGAUGCUUACCACACUGAAUUAUCAGGCAGGAACGCCUUUUCACCACACAUGUUAUGAAGACAAUUAAACAAGCUGCAACUAAUCUCCAGGGUCUUCAUUUCGCGGUUUAACUCGGUGUCACCAACAUCCUUGUUGAAAACACUAGAGUGAAAAGGCGCCAACUGACGAUUCAUCACGGUCAAAAUGGCAUCCACCAGCAAGUCGGCACGCAGCCUUAGGACCAGUCGCUCAUCUGGAUCAGCGAUCUACAAGGCUCCCUCACCAGCACUGGAGGAUGGCGGGGAGGGAGAAAACGGUCCAGAUGCAGUCAAUGUCACAACAACCUGCACGGAUGUGUGCAGUCCAGGUCAGUGGGGUCGUUCAUGUUCCAAGAUAUGUCUUGCAUGGGUGUACCCAAAGGGUUACAAAGACAGAGCUAUCAAAGCUUAUGUAAUAUUAGAUGAUCAGAGCAAUCGUUCCUUAGCCAGGCCUGAGUUCUUUGAACUUUUCAACAUUAAAAAUGAACCUCUCGCCUACAAUCUCAGAACAUGCUCUGGUGUGGUUGAAACCUGGGGUAAAAUAGCUGAAGGAUUUGAAAUUGAGUCACUAGAUAGAUCAGUGGUUAUUCCCCUACCCCCACUCAUUGAGUGUCAAGACAUUCCCAACAACAGGAGUGAAAUCCCAACCCCUAGUGCGGUGCUACACCAGCCACACCUCCAAUCCAUAGCAAAGUACAUCCCAGAACUAGAUCCUAAAGCUGAAAUACUCCUGUUACUAGGGCGAGAUGUUCUACGGGUGCACAAGGUCAGGCAGAGAGUGAAUGGCCCCCAUAAUGCGCCCUUCGCCCAGUGCUUAGACCUGGGGUGGGUUGUAGUUGGGGAGGUUUGUCUGGGUAAUGUUCAUAGGCCGACAGUCAGCACUCUCAAAACAGUUGUCCUGGAAAAUGGUCGCCCUACAGUUUUCAAACCCUGUGACAGCCUUCUGCGAUUCAAGGAAACGCCACACACAAUUAGGCCAAGUAAAGCACCCGAGCAAACUCUAGGACAAACGGUCUUUAACCAGACAGAAAAUGACAAUAAACCAGCUCCCUCAGUACAGGAUGCUCUCUUUAUCAAAAUGAUGGACAGUGCUAUGUUCAGAGAUGAGGACAACAGUUGGGUCGCCCCACUUCCGUUUAAAGAACCUCGCCAGCAACUGCCAAACAACAGAGAGCGGGCAAUCACGAGAUUCUUGUCCUUAAAACGCAACCUAAACAGGAAGCCCAAAAUGCAGGAGCAAUAUGUGGCUUUCAUGGGAGAGAUUUUCUCUAAUGGUCACGCUGAGGUGGCACCCCCACUAAAACAGGAAGAGGAGUGCUGGUACCUUCCAACCUUUGGAGUUUACCACCCAAGGAAACCCAAUCAGAUCAGGGUUGUUUUCGACUCCAGCGCCCAGUACUCUGGUGUCUCACUUAACAACGUCCUCCUUACUGGCCCUGAUCUAAAUAACACACUCCUUGGAGUUCUUCUCCGCUUCCGGACAGAAAGUGUUGCGAUAAUGGCAGAUAUAAAGCAAAUGUUUCACUGCUUCGUGGUGCGUGAGGACCAUCGUAACUUCCUCCGUUUUCUCUGGCACAGGGACAAUGAUAUAAAUAAGGAAGUUAUCGACUAUCGCAUGAAAGUCCAUGUAUUUGGCAACUCACCGUCUCCUGCUGUUGCUGUUUACGGACUACGCAGGGCCAUCAGAGCAGGUGCAAAGGACUAUGGAGCAGAUACUGUCAAGUUUGUGGAGAGGCACUUUUACGUUGACGAUGGCUUGAUCUCCGUUCCCUCUCCCGCCGAGGCUAUAGACUUGCUUCAGAGAACACAAGCCUCACUCGCUGAAUCCAACCUGCGCCUGCAUAAGUUUGUUUCUAACUCGCAGGCAGUCAUGCAGGCCUUCUGCCCUGAAGAUUGUGCACCAGUCAUUAAAGACUUGGAUUUAAGUGGUGAAGAAACACAAUCCCAGCGAAGCCUUGGGCUCAUUUGGGAAAUAACAACAGACACAUUCACUUACUCAGUAGCCGACACAGACAAACCAUUUACUCGGCGUGGCAUACUGUCAGCCGUCAAUAGUGUCUUUGAUCCCCUGGGCCUAUUGGCACCUGUCACAAUCCAAGGAAGAGCUCUGCUCAGAGAGCUCAGUUCAGAAUGUUCAGAUUGGGACACACCCCUUCCUGAGGACAAGCAAAGCAAGUGGGAAAUGUGGAGAAAUUCCCUUCAGGACCUAAAAGAACUACACGUCCCUAGAACCUACACAUCUACCUCACUCAGUCAAGCAACGCACAAAGAACUGUGUUUAUUCUCAGACGCGUCAACUAUGGCCAUAGGAGCUGUAGCCUAUUUAAAGGCAGUCCAAAGAGAUGGCGAAGUUGAGGUCGGAUUCAUAAUGGGCAAGGCAAAGCUUGCUCCAUUGUCAAAACUGACUAUACCAAGACUUGAACUGUGUGCAGCUGUCUUGGCAGUAGAAAUGGCUGAUCUCAUUCAGGAUGAGUUGGACUUGCACUUUGACGCAGUACACUUUUAUACGGACAGUAAGGUUGUACUGGGCUACAUCUGUAAUGAGUCUAAGAGAUUCUACCAGUAUGUCCACAACAGGGCACAGCGCAUUCGCCAGUCUUCAAAGCCAGAACAAUGGCACUACGUGCGCACAGAGGAAAACCCAGCAGACCACGCAUCGAGGUCGUUGUCAGCAGCUCAGCUAAAAAAGUCCACCUGGUUUACCGGACCAUCCUUCAUCCACCAUUCUCCUGCAGAGAAAACUCAAAUGAGUGGAAUGUUUGAGUUAAUUGAACCUGAAAAGGACUCAGAAAUUAGGCCACAAAUCAGAACACAUGCCACUCACCUCCAAGUACCCAGCAGUAAGCGUUUUGAGCGCUUUUCCACGUUUAAGUCCUUAGUCAGAGCAAUAGCAAAUCUUAUCCACAUCGCAAAAUCUUUCAAUAGGACCAAUCCGAACAGUAAAUGCAAAGGCUGGCACAAAUGUCACCUGCCUCUUACUCCAGAGGAGCUAUCUCAAGCAAAAACCAUCAUCCUCAAAGAGGCACAAAAGGCCCACUUUGGAAAAGAACUUUCUGCCCUUAAUGCUUGCAAGCCGAUCUCAAAGCAGAGCCCUCUACAAAAGCUCAGCCCAAUCCUACAGGAUGGUCUCAUUUCUGUUGGAGGCCGACUUAAACACUCAGAGAUUGAGAACUUCGAAAAGAGCCCUGUAAUUCUCCCCAAAGACAGUCACAUUUCCCUUCUGCUCACUCGUCAUCACCACGAGCAAACAGAGCAUCAAGGCCGUCAUCUGACGGAAGGAGCAAUCAGGGCUGCUGGACUGUGGCUUUUAGGUGGCAAAAGACUGAUCAACUCAGUAAUCCACAAAUGUUUAACCUGCCGCAAACUGCGUGGAAAACAAGAACAGCAACUUAUGGCGGCCCUGCCACCUGAACGCCUAAAAACCUGUCCUCCUUUCACCUAUGUUGGCCUUGACGUCUUCGGGCCCUGGAAUAUAACAACCAGGCGUACCAGAGGUGGAGUAGCUGAAAGUAAGCGGUGGGCCAUUUUGUUUACUUGCAUGAGUUCAAGAGCCGUCCAUAUUGAGGUAAUCGAAUCUCUAGAUACGUCCAGCUGCAUAAACGCCCUCCGCCGCUUCUUUGCUCUAAGAGGACCCGCCAAACAGUUGUUAUCUGAUCGUGGCACCAAUUUUGUUGGAGCUUCAAAGGAACUAGGAAUGGACAAAUCAAUGCAGAAGUACCUAACAGAGCAAGGUUGCAGCUGGGAAUUCAAUCCGCCACAUGCUUCCCACAUGGGAGGCUCUUGGGAGCGCAUGAUCGGAGUCGCCCGCAGAAUCCUGGAUUCCAUGCUAUUGCAAAACAAGGUUCAACUGACUCACGAAGUGCUUUGCACUCUCAUGGCCGAAAUUACAGCCAUCAUAAAUGCAAGGCCGCUUGUUCCUGUGUCCUCCGAUCCAGAGAACCCCUUUAUUCUAUCCCCCUCAAUGCUCCUUACACAAAGGUCUUGCCUUCUCCCCCCAUCUGGAGAGUUCUUCAAUAAAGACCUUUACACCAAACAAUGGAGACAAGUCCAAGCUCUCUCCAACCAGUUCUGGAUGCGCUGGAGGCGAGAGUAUUUGCCCACAUUACAACAAAGGCAGAAAUGGACUGUAUCACGCAGAAAUCUCCAAGUUGGUGACCUAGUUCUGCUCAAGGACAAGCAGGUCAGACGUAACAGCUGGCCCAUGGCAAGGAUCACUGCCACAUUCCCAAGCAAGGACAAUCGAGUCAGAAAGAUUGAGGUAAAGGCAUGUGAUCAAGGCUCUGUAAAGACAUUUAUGCGACCAGUUACUGAAGUUAUUCUGCUUAUGCCAAAGGACUGAAUGUUUAUUGUAUUGUUUAGUAUAGUGGCCUCACGAGGCCAGGCGGGGAGUGUGUUGCCCUUAAGGCAUUUCUUUGAAUAAAUAAGUUCAUAUGUUAAAUAAAUAAUUCUAAAAAUAUUUCUAUUUUAUUAAGAAUGAUUACGAGGUGUUUAGAUUAACAGUUCAUGCUUUAUGUAAGUUUUUGUUAGGAAAUGUUGUCGGUAAAUUCUACUUCCGGUUCCGGCCGUGCACUUCCGGUCUGGCAGCGGACUAACGGUUUUACGUUUUUUAUUGCCGUUAAACAAGAGAACAUACCUGAAGUAAUCUGAUCGGAUGCUUACCACACUGAAUUAUCAGGCAGGAACGCCUUUUCACCACACAUGUUAUGAAGACAAUUAAACAAGCUGCAACUAAUCUCCAGGGUCUUCAUUUCGCGGUUUACCCCGGUGUCACCAACAUCCUUGUUGAAAACACUAGACAGACAAAUUUCUUCCCGG